UUUUUGUUCUUUUGUAACUUCAGCAGUCAGUGCUGGAAAGACUGGCUGUUAGCGGAAUGGGGUCUCGGUAUUGGGAUCCAGGAGCAUGAACAGACAUUACGUUUUUAUACUAUGACGGGCGAGAAUUACAAAAUAGGAACAUUCUCUGCUUAGACUGACCGAAGAAAGGUAAACAGGAUGGGGGACAAGCAGGGUCUGAGCCCCUCAAGAGGGAUCACUCCAGUGCAACAGAUGCUGGCCUCUGGCACCGGGGCGCUCCUCACCUCCCUGUUUGUAACUCCAUUGGAUGUGGUUAAGAUAAGACUGCAAGCUCAGAAGGCCCCGUUCUAUAAAGCUUUGGCUGUAGAUUCUGUGCCUUGGAGCAAUGCUAUACGUCUGUCUAAGUGGAAAUGUAUCCUGUAUUGUAAUGGGCUGAUGGACCACCUGUAUGUGUGUGAGAAUGACACCAGUUGCUCCAGCUGGUAUAAAACUCCCACCCACUUCAGAGGCACUGUGGAUGCCUUUGUAAAAAUUACUCGCUAUGAAGGAGUCCGGUCUCUUUGGAGUGGGCUUCCACCAACACUUGUGAUGGCAGUGCCAGCGACGGUGAUAUAUUUCACUUGUUAUGACCAGUUGCGGGACUUCCUUCGCUAUGGAAUGGGGUAUCAGGGUAACCAAGUACCGCUUGUCGCUGGUGCCUUUGCUAGAUUGGGUGCCGUGACAGUAAUCAGUCCUCUGGAGCUGAUCCGCACUAAGAUGCAGUCCAGGCAGCUCUCGUACCGCCAGCUUAGGGUGUGUAUCCAAUCCUCUGUGGCUCAGGACGGCUGGUUGUCCCUCUGGAGGGGCUGGGGACCCACCAUACUCAGGGAUGUGCCCUUCUCAGCCCUGUACUGGUUCAACUAUGAGCUGGUGAAGGCCCGUCUGUGUAAGGAGUAUAGUGUCCAGGAAGCCACCUUCAUGAUAAGCUUCAAAGCUGGUGCAAUCUCAGGCGCAAUCGCAGCUGUGAUGACCCUCCCGUUUGACGUAGUGAAGACCCGCCGACAGAUUGAACUGGGAGAGAUGGAGACACAGAAAGUUGCUGCUAAGAGGCCUUCAUCCACUUGGCUGAUAAUGAGACGGAUCCAGGCUGAGUCAGGAUUUCGGGGGCUCUUUGCAGGGUUCCUCCCUAGAGUGAUCAAAGUGGCCCCGGCCUGUGCAGUGAUGAUCAGCACCUACGAGUUCGGAAAGACUUUCUUCCAGAAUCUGAACCGCGAGCGAGACCUGCAGAACCUGUGAACAAAGAGCACCGACGGCAAGAAGAACUAAACAUGCCCAACACCUCUGAGAUCCAAACAAUUUAACAGUAAAAAUCUACUUUACACUGACGUGACUCGAGCAAGCUGUGGUGUUCUGCAGUCUGCUAUGAAGAGGCAGACUUAUCUGUAAGACUCCUAACUGAGCCAAAUGUUUGGGAAUGCCACAUUUAGGAACUACCAGCUAGUAGUUAAGGAAAAGCCAGGUUUAAGAUAAGCUGACUUGCUUUCUUCUUUUUUUUUUUUUAUUGUAAGACUGAUGGCCAAGAAUUUUGACACGGCUCUAAAUAUAUGUUUGGUCGCAGCAGAUGUGACUCGAGAGAGUGAACUCUUUUCUAAUGCUUUGGGUGUAGGAAUUCACCCACUUUUUAAAAUCUGUUUUUGUGUCUUUCAGUCAUGUAGUUUUUUUAAUUUGGUGCUAUAGUGUGUUUGUUUUAAAAUAGCAAACGCAACUGUCCAAGUAUCUUUUUAAGCUGAAAUAAUAGUGCUGCUCUCUAGGAGGAUUCCAGAUUUUUAAAAAAAAAAUGCUCUUAUCUAUAGAUUCCAAUUUAACUACUUAGACUAUUGACCACUGCAAAUGAAAUUUAAAGUUUAGCAAUAGUCACGAUGCAGCCAUUAGUUUGUGUUAUUAUUUAAACUGUUUGGAUCACCCAAUCAAUUAUCGCAUGCUGGAUAAUAAGCCAAAAUCUGCAGGACUACUUCAACUGGAUGAGUUUACCCACAGUUAAUAUGUGCCUUUCUUAAACCUGGCUCUGCUUCGCCUGUGUCUCAAGUAGCCCCCCAAAAAAAAGUAAAAAAAUAAAUGUGAGGACAAGAAUUGAGUACAAUGCUCCAUCAAACAGAUUUUUCUUCUGUCAGUCCUGAGACAUUGCAGCAACUGAUAAUUGUUUCUUGGGGGAGAAACUGAAUUUAAACUAUAUACUUAUACCCAGAUUGCUUUUCCCUUGCUAGCGCAUGAGAUGUACCCUUUCCAUGGAUUUUGCUGGAUAAUAAACAGAGGCCAUGUAAGGGCUAUAGACCCUGGGAACCAGUCCUGAAACAACAAGCAAGGAACAGACUGAUGCUUUUUUUUUGUCAGCUGGAAGAAACUGAAAGGUGACAGUAGCAAAACAGAUCUGUUACUGACUGCCUCCUUUUUAAAACUGAAAAAGCCCAUGUUUAAUUUUUUAGUGAAAGAAACAACGCCUUACUAGAAUUUCACAUCUAGUUCAUUAGUUGCUGCUGCUGUUGCUCCCUAGUACACAAUAUACAGCAUAAUGAUAUGUUGCCCUGUUGUAUGGAAUCUUGGGGGGAUGCUGUAGGACUUUUCCAGUUGAGACCAUUGUUCCCACUGCAUCUGACCAAGUGCAGCGCUGAGAAAGGUGGCAUCAGAACUUAAAUACAGUAUAUCCAGGCCAGUGACCCCAGUUGAUUUAAUGAACAAGGAUGUUAAAAUAAGGUAUGAACCUAACCAUAAUCCUAAAGUUUUCUAGAACUUUAUUCUAAACGGAAAGUUAUCUAAAUAGAUAUUUAAUUAAUUACUCCCUUUUGAGUACAUGCUUGUACAUCCUUUUUGUGUAUUUGUAAAACUAUAUCAAAUAUUGAGGGCCCUAAUUUUAAACUGGCAACCUUUUGGUUUGCCCUUCAGCUAAAUGUAAUUAUAAUGUGUUGAGGUCUAGAUAUGCCAGCAAAAGUUGUUAUGUACUACCAUUAACGAGGGAACAGUAGAACUGUCUGUAACCAUUUCAGUGGGUCUUUGUUUGACACUGACAGAAGUAUGUUCGUUGCAUAAGGCAACAGCCUCUUUUUAAGUGACAAGCCACUGAAAGCAUAUAUUUAGCCAUAUGGUUUUGGUGUUUAGGGAACGUAAUUGUAACUUGUGACCACUGUGCCACCUACUAUGGCCCUAUGUACUGUAUCUGUGGAUAAAUAAUUUAGUAUAAUCUCACAAUAGACACUGUGAAGCUGCACUGCAAACCUGUUGUCACCAGUAGAUUAUAAAAAAAUUGAUGCAAUUUUAACAACCUGUCACUUUUCAGGAUAUUCUCUUUUUAUUGGUUUGUUAAAAAUAAUCCUGCCAGCCUCUUUUUUUUUUUUUUUUUUUAAAUUAGCUACAUGUUCCCUGCAUCAGCUUUAAAUCCAAAACGCAAUAUCAAGAAAGUCAUCAGCAGUAGGUAGAAUCAUAAGUGUGUAACAGCUAGGGAUUCACAGUCUAGUUCUAGUCCUAAUCUAAACAAAAAUGUACACUUGUAACCAAGACUAGCCGAACAUAUUUAUGAAUGUUUAAACUUUGCAGUGUCAGCGUUUAACCAUAUCUACACACACACACACACAUUUUAUAUUGCAUUCUGGUACUGACAGUACCGGUUAUUAUUUUCUAAGCAAGUAAACCCUAAAUAAGCAAAUAAUGUUCAUAUUUAUGGUUGUAAUAAAAGUUGCUAGUGGAGAUGUAACUACAUACAUAUUGAACACAUUUUUAGAUAGUAUAAUGUUUUUAGAAUCGUGUUUCUUUAAAGUUUCAUUUAACAACAAAAAAACAGGAACUUAUGUUUUUGUUUGUAGUUUAUAAUUUAAAAAUCCAAUGCUUCUAUAAGCAGAUUGAGUAUGUUAAUAUCUGGUUGUUUUUUUGUUUUUUUUUUAAACUUCUAAAAAGUUUAUAAUAAAUGUUGCCGUACACGGUCAUGUGUAUUUUCUGAUGGAUACGCUCACAAUGCUGUAUUCUUUACUGCGGUAAGUUAGCAUUCAAACACACAAACAGCUUGCUGCAGCAUCGGUUCAGGGUAAAUUAUCAACACCCUUUGAGCAAAUUUAAUCAAGGGCUGAUGCUAGCUGCCACGAGAUCGAGGCUGUCAGAGGUACGCUCCUUAAGAAAAAAAAAGAGGAAAUUGACCAAAACAAAACAGAAAAAAAGUGUUUAUUCUGAUUAAAACAUUUUUCCCCACAAAAAAUAUUUCAUUUGGAAUAAUAAAGAUAUUUGCUAUAAAAACAGAUAAGAUUUCCCUCCCCAUUGGUUUAACAAUGGCCUAUUAGUUACUCAAUUAUUUAACUGUAAUGGCAAUCUUAACUAUACAGAAUUCUUAUCCACUUUCAAUCUACCUAUUACAACGACAGAAUUUGCAAUUAUUUUUUUGACAAUUGCUAGAGGAGUAAUCAUUUUAAUGAAGGAUGACUUGAAAGCUUUAUCUUGUCCUUUACCUUCCCUAGACCCUUCUGGAAAAUAUUGUUUAUUGAAUAAUACUAAAAAUAAUAAAUGUAUACAAUCUGUUUUUCAAAAUGAUAUAGUAUCUAUUCCUUACACUGUGGCUUACUGGGAUGGAUUUAUUGAAGGUAUAAACUGGAGAAAAGCUUGGAUUUUGCCCAACAAAUACUUGUUAACCAAUAAGCUUAAAGAAAUAUAUAAAAUUAUACAUAAAUGCUAUCCUGCUAAGAACAAUUUGAAAAAAACUUAAACAUGACAUUGAUCUUAAUUGCUUAUUGUGCAAUGAGUCCACUGAAACAUGGUUGCACGUAGACAAUCCAAGAUUAUUUUGGAAGGAUCUGGCUGCUUUUGUCAGCAGUAAUAUUAAAACAGUAAAAAAACAUAUUGGUAAUGUAUGGUUUGGUUUCACAGGUUACACUAUUGAAAGUAACACAUUUUAGAUAAUAAAUGUGAUUAUUUUAAUGGAUAAAUUUCAUAUUCCCAAAUGUAAAUUUUCUAAAUCAGAAGCCUUUUUUUUUUAAACAUUUAAUCUAUGUUGGGUAAUAACAUGUUUUACUGCUCUUGACCAAAAAAAUAUUCCUGUCUGUUGUAGCCAAGUUGAAUCGGUACUACAGGUACGAUCUAGCAUGACCACCUCGCUUCAGACAACCUAGUGCUUACUUUUUAGAACGCAAUAGGCGUGUUUUCUUUCUUUUGACUCUGUACUAAUAAAACUAAUUCCUGGAUGGGACAAACAACAUGACAGUAAACGUGCUCCUUAUAUGGCCUUUAUUAAAGAACGGCAAAUGCCUUUGGGUAAA